UUUAUGGAUCAUCCAAAGAAUGGCUCAUAUACAUAAGUGUACAUCCAUCAGGCCACCCAGAGCGGGCUGUGGUCCAGCAGAGGAACAAGUGUCACAGUGUUGAGAGAAUUUAUUUUCCAAGUCAGCAUGUCAGGGACAGAAACCAAGACAGAAGUCUUCACGAUAACUGAGACGGGAGAGUCGGCGGUGGAGAGCAACACGAACAAGACGAGGUGCAUCUUCGAGCAGUACGUGCAGCCCUGCCUGGCUGAGCUGUUUGGAACCAGCCUGUUUGUGUUUGUGGGGUGUGCGUCGGUUAUUGGAAAUGUGAGCCAAGCAAGUGGAGCCAUCCAGCCGGCUUUGGCACAUGGACUGGCUCUGGGAGUGCUGAUCAUGAUACUGGGGCAAAUCAGUGGGGGACACUUUAACCCUGCGGUGUCCCUGAGCGUCUACCUGUGUGGAGGGAUGGAGCUCCGCCUGCUGCUGCCGUACGUCCUGGCUCAGAUGUCUGGAGGGAUGAUCGGUGCUGGUUUGAGCAAGGCAAUCUACCCCUCCUCGGUGUAUGAUGCUUCCAUUGGAGCAGCCUUUGUCCCCUCCUCUGAUCUGGCUGCAACCACUCUGGCAGAAGCAGUGAUGUCCAUGUUCCUUACCACCGUGGUGUGCAUGGGGGCUGUCAACGGCCAAACCCGCUCACCAUGGGCUCCUUUCGCAAUCGGCCUCACUGUGACAGCCAACAUAUUUGCAGGAGGGAUAGUGUCUGGAGCCUGUAUGAACCCUGCCCGAGCGUUCGGACCUGCAGUGGCUGCCAACAGAUGGAACCAUCACUGGGUCUACUGGGUCGGACCCACUUGUGGUGCACUGCUCACUGUCAGCUUCAUCAGGUUGCUGUUGGGUGACCAGAAGACUCGAGUUGUGCUGAAGUGAAUGUGUAAUUUAUUAAAGAAGAGAGUGGACACCUAACUGACCUGAUGACAAUCUUUCCAUUCGUAUUUUUAUACACAACUUAACAAUUAGACUGUAACAUUUAAAUCUUUCUAU